AUGACAGGACCCGGAAAAGCCGCAUGCUGCUGGACAUGCAAAAUUAGGCAUGUCAAAUGCGACGGGGCACCAGUCGCUUGUUUUCAAUGCAGCAGCAGAGAGAUUGAGUGCCACGGAUAUGGAUCAGUUCCGAUAUGGAUGGACGGAGGACCAAACGAAAGGCGUGAGAAGCAGCGCAUCAAGCUGGCUGUAAAGAAGAACUUUAGAGAGAAAAAGAGCCUUCAGGCACGGCGACUAAGAGAUCAUAAUCGGACCGCUAAUCAAGGACAGAGCCUAUCAAGCCAUGCUGAACAAGGCAAUCAACCUGGCAACGCUUCUCAACCAAAUGUCAUCUCAAGAAACGAGCCAUCUCCAAUCUUGACUCCUCAAUCUUUGCAGAGCCGGGUCCUCUCAGGACAGUCAUUCGCCGAGCCACUUCACUACGAUGAAGCCAGUCUCCUGAUGCACUACCUAGACCAUGUGUUUCCUUACCAAUACCCUUUCUUUGAUAAAGCAAGGCUGUCUCGAGGGUGGCUUCUAUGGCUUCUCAGUAAAAACGGGCCUCUGUAUCGAGCAUCUAUGGGUCUCGCAGCUUUGCAUCAGCGAUCAUUACUAGGCGGGACAAACAAUCAUCAUCUUGAACUAGAGUUCCAUACCAAAGCGGUUAGACAGUUACAGGACUUUGUCUCAUCUAUCGAUAUCAAUGAGCUGCGGCCCGAAAACGAGACUCUGGUCGAGAUCAUCACCUGUGGCAUAACACUUAUUAGCUUCGAGGUCCUUCGAGGAAGUAUCACAAACUGGCAACCGCAUCUAACCGCCAUGUCCUCAAUCGCAGCCAUGAUGCAUAAUCAGCCUUCGGUUCUACAACCAGCGGAUCAGCUUCCUAUCCCGCUAUUCGAGGGCAAAGCUGCCGCAGCCAUGGCCUUUCAUCUACCAGUCCUGCUUUGGAUGGAUUUGCUAGCCUGUGUAGCCACGCGGGAGGCACCGAAACUUCCAUACGAUGAAUGGCUAGGACCUAACUGCACAUUCCAGCUCGCACAUAUCAUGGGCUGUCACAACUCAGUGAUGAAAGGCAUAGGGGACAUCGCAACUUUGAGUCAGUGGAAGUCUGAUGGUGCCGAAAAAGGCACUCUCGACCUUGAGAGUUUUCAGACGAAAAGACAACGGAUCGAAGAUGAACUGGAGAGCGUCAUGGAUACAACUCCUAUGGCCUCAAUGGGAUCUCAAGGAAUCUCUUCCAUGAUCCAAUCAUCAAGUCACAUGAAGUCCGAGCAGCGGCCGGAGCAAGAUUCUGUCACUCGCAUAUUUGCUGCCGCGGCAUUGGCUCAGCUCGCUGCUUUGACUGUCGAAGUCUCAACUGACAUCUCAAUGACCGUAGUAAGGAGAAGCGUGAGCCGAGUGAUUCUAGAGAUCAAAAUGGCACCCCAAAUAGUGUCUCCUCGGCACCUGAGCUGGCCGAUCUGCGUUGCUGGUUGUCUGGCGGAUCAAGACCAACAGCCAUUCUUUGAAGCCUUGCUGAGUACUGUUUUAUCUGAGGGAACUGGUAUGAUAGGGAACUGUGGAACGGUUCGAGAUAUCUUGCGAGCCUGUUGGAGAAAUAAGGCCGAGCAGCCGGAUCAACAGUGCGACUGCAGUAGUGCUAUGAAGCAGUUGGAUAUCUAUGCCCUUCUUAUAUAA